AUGUCUCUGUUUUUUGUUUUGUUUUUGCUCUUUUAGAUGAAUCCCGCAUCCCUUGUUGUUUUUGUUGCGGACUUUUCCAUCUUAAGUUUCGUGUGCUGGUUGAUUGGGGCGUCGGAUGGGCCUAUCGCCGACCCGACAGAAAAUCACCUGGAAUUCACACCUUAAAUCCACUCCUCCACGCCUCCCAUUGGUGGAGCCCCCGCAUAUAUCCGUCACGGUGCACCGCCAGCACGAUGACAGCGGCCUGCGGCGGAGUCACAAGCCUCAUCGCCAUCGGUAAACAUGCAUUUCGGCCGCGACCCCGCUGCUGCCUUCCAGCUCUGCGCGAACAACGCCGCGUUCGCGGCCGAAGCGUCGGCCCCCGCGGACGCGGAGCGGACGGCCGAGGUGCGCUCCCCGAGCUCGGGGCCGUCCAGCCCGCUGUCGGUGAACUCGGACUCGAGCUGCGCCAGCCCCGAGGCCAAGUCCGUGUCGGCGCAGCAGAGAGUCAGGAGGCCCCUGAACGCCUUCAUCAUCUGGACCAAAGAGGAGCGCAGGCGGCUGGCGCAGCUCAACCCAGACCUGGAGAACACGGACCUGAGCAAAAUACUUGGAAAAACAUGGAAGGCCAUGUCUCUGGUUGAGAAGCGUCCAUACAUGCAGGAAGCGGAGCGUCUGAGAGUCCAGCACACCAUCGACUACCCCAACUACAAGUACCGGCCCCGCAGGAGGAGGCAGCUGAAGAAGACCUCCAAGCCUCAGGCCGCAGAGGCUCCCCGCGCCUCGCUCUGCGGCCCCGGAUACCCGGUGCCUUUCAACCUCGCCUACCUGCUCCAGAACCAGCAGCAGUGCUACCCAAGCAGCGCAGCUUUUGCAAACUCCCCAGCCAGCUUCACCCCCUCGCACGGCUUCCAAAACAGUUCAGAUUUUCUAGACACAACUGCAGCAGCAGCAGCAGCAGCAGCGGCGGACGUGUCAUCGAACGCGCCCGCGGGGUACCCGAACCCCCCCGCGUACCCCGCACAGCCCCAGCCGUAUUACGGCGGUCAGCGAGGACAAACGCAGCAGGGCUUCUGCAGGCCCGCGGGGCCCCAGGCGGACCAGGGGGAGUCCAGCGGGGUUUACGGGGGCCCGCAGGGACCGGCCGGGCCCUCCUUUGAGUUUUACCUGGCACAGGUUCAGCUGGACAUGCUGUACGAUCUGGACCGCAGCGAGUUUGAACAGUACCUGGGCCCCGGUCCCCACAGGCCCGAGUCGGUGGACCCCGGCUGCUACCAGAGCGGCCACAGAGAGGGACGCGCCGUCUCGUGAAAGUACUAAACGUGGUGUAUUUAUUUAUUUUAUGUCAGCUCGUCAUCUGACAGUGACUGCUGAAGGUGUACAUGGUGCGUUGUUAAAUGACUAUACUGUACUGUCUUCCAAUGGGAUUAUAAUAAAUAAAUAACAGUUAAACACAAAA